UAUAUAUAAGCACAAGAACCAAAGCCAAAGCAUUCAUCAUCUGUAUCAACUCUGAAAAUCCUCUGCAACCCAAAAACAAAACCUUACAAGAACUAUGGCUUGUUGGUCUGCAGAAAAUGCCACAAAGGCCUAUCUUAGCACUUUGAAAAUGGGUCAUAAAGCUAAAGAACCAAAUGUAGCUGAAUUUAUAUCAGCACUAGCUGCAGGAAACAAUGCACAAAUGAUGAUUGUAGCAUGUGCUACAAAAGCAGAUUGUACAACACUAGCUUUAAUGGCUGCUGCUAAUCAAACUAGUGGACAAGUAAUUUGUAUUGUCCCUAAUCAUAAAGAUUUAAUUGCAUCCAAAAAAGCUUUAGGAGUUUCUUCUAAUCAAGUUCAAUUCAUGGUUGGAGAAGCACAAGAAGUGCUUAUGUUAGAACAAUUUGAAGCAGCUGAUUUUUUGCUUAUUGAUUGUAACAUUAAAAAUCAUGAAGAUAUUCUCAAAACAAUUCAAAAUGGUAGGUUUGAAAAUGGUGGUACAAUUGUUGUAGGGUAUAAUGCAUUUAGUUGUAAAGGGUCAUGGUUGUCAUCAUGUGGAUCAAAGACUCAACUUUUGCCUAUUGGAGAAGGACUUUUGGUCACAAGAUUUGGAAUGAAUGAUAAUAGUCCGAAGUAUGGAACAAGUAGAUCAAUGGGGAAGAUGAAAAGUCAUUGGGUUGUUAAGGUUGAUAAAUGCACAGGUGAGGAACAUGUGUUUAGGGUUAGACAUCCUCAUCAUGGGAAAGUUAUUCAAACUUAGAUUAAUUUUGUGGUUGAUCAUUUUGUACAAAUUAGUUAAAGAAGUUAAUUAGAUUCAGGGUUUUGAAUAGCAGUCGCAGUAACUGUUGGAUUAAUUGCUUCACAAUCUUUGAUUUUGUAAAGAAUCGUGGUUAAAUGCAGCAUCAGUUAUGGUCGUGUUGUGGUUUUGACAACAUCGAAAAA